AUGUCGGACGGCGACGCCACCAUCGAGAUUGCCGACGAUGCGCCCGCGGCUCAAACCAUAACCCGGAGCCCGUCCGCGAGAGCGUCGCAGUCGCAGCGCCGCUCGUCGAGGAAGGGUCUCGCGUCCAGUCGCGUCUCCGAGCGCGUCAGGGGCAACUCGAGGAAGGCGCUCAUGGUGAACGACGUGAAACACCAGACGAAGAGCGAGACGAGGAAGCUCGAGCGGUUCGAACAGAUGCAGUUGGAGUACUUCUCCACUCGAGACGCGGACGUGGAGCAGACGCCGACGCCGGAGAUGCACUACACGGUUUACAGAAACGACGGCGGCGCGGGGACGACGACGACGACGAAAAACAACGCGGACUCGAUGAACCUCCUCUCGAAGAUCGGUAAGGAGACGCGUAAAGAAAACACGAUCCGAUGGCUGCACUUCAACGGGAUGAACGAGAUGAUGAUGAACUACGUGUGCGACGCUCUGAAACUGGGCGCGUCCGCCGUGGGAGGGGAGAUGGACACGACGAAGUGCGUGUUUCAUCGGCACAAAGACGCGGCCGUGAGGCACUUCGACUCGCACGUGUACGUCAGCAUGCAGCUCAUCGACCGCGAGGAGUGCGACGGGGACAUUCCUCUCGUGUCGGACGAGCAGGUGAGCUUUAUAUAUCACCCGGAGAAGGCGAUCGUGAUCAGCGUGUGCGAGGACGUCGACGAAGAGAGCGACUUCACGGCGUUGACGCGUUUGCUCGUGGAGGGCGAGUCGAGGUGCAACGUCGACGGCGCGCACCCGGGGAUUUUGCUCGCGAUGAUGGCGGACAAGUUCGUGGACGACGCGUACCCGGUCGCGGAGGAGCUCGGGGAUUACCUCGAGGUUUUAUCUCAAGCCAUGGUCGCGCGCGAGUCCAUAUCGUUCAGUCAGCCCGUGGACAAAGUGCGCAUGCAACUGUGGCGGAUGCGUCGGUUCGCGAUCCGCGUCCGGCGCCUGUGCGAGGCGUACGAAGAAGACGCGCUCGGUGUCUUCGACGACGAGUCGUUCAAGGAAUACGUCGGUAAGGUAUCGAAACAAGCGGACGGUCUCGAAUCCGUGUGCGAGAUGUACAUCGGCCGCUGCCUCUCGAUUCUUCAGAGAGUUGAGGUGUACCAAGAGCAGAGAACGAACGAGACGCUGUUCCUUCUCACGAUCGUCACGACUCUCAUGGUUCCCGUGGAGUUCCUGACCGGGAUGUGGGGCAUGAACUUCGUGAACAUGCCGGAUUUAGAGACGAGCUGGGGGUAUUUCAUGUUCCUCGCGCUCAUACCGUUUCUCAUGGGGACGUCGUAUAUUUUACUGAAAGUGAACGGGUACCUGGACGACUCGCCGCUGGACUGGUCUUGCGGGUUAGGGGGUCUGUUCAAGAGUAAGGAGGGGAAGAAGGACUGA